AUGAGGUUUAUUCCACGUCCUGGGACCAAGGGUCGUGGGAUGGGAAGGGGAAGUAUUGACUUGACUGAACUGAAACGGUCGAUGCAGAGAAACUGCUCCCUGCAGCAGUACAUCAGGGAGAUUGUUUGUGCCCGGGCAUCACCAAGCCAGCUAUCCGCCGUACGACUCAAGCGGAUCUCGGGUCUGAUCAACGAGGAGACCCGCGGGGUGUUGAAGGUUUUCCUGGAGAAUGUGAUCAGGGACGCGGUCACCUACACCGAGCACGCCAAGCGCAAGACGGUCACUGCCAUGGAUGUGGUGUACGCUCUGAAACGACAGGGCCGCACUCUCUAG